UUUUGAUUAAUUAAAUUGUUUUUUUUUGUUUCAAAUUUUGUCGAAUCAUUCCAUACUUGUUUUAUUUAUAUUUUUGGCUCCUCAAAGUUUCAAUUUCAUUGUUUGUAAGUUUUUCCCGUUUAUAACUUAACAUCAUCGAGAGAAAAAAAACAAACCUUUAUAAAAUGUCUUGGAACAUGAAUAAUAAUCGUCAAAAUUAUCCAUAUCAAAAUUAUCAACAAUAUUCACAACAACCGCAACAACAACAACAACAAUUUCAUCAUCAUAAUCUACCACAAUAUCCAUCAUAUCCAACGAAUCAACCAUACGUAAGUAUGCCUAAUCCACAAUGGUUACGUUCUGUAUUCGAUAAAGUUGAUAAAGAUAAAAGUGGUCAGAUUUCAUCGAAUGAAUUACAAGGUGCAUUAAGCAAUGGUACAUGGAAACCAUUCAAUCCAGAAACUGUUCGAUUAAUGAUUGGAAUGUUUGAUAAGGAUAAAACUGGUUCGAUUAAUUUUGAAGAAUUUUCACAUCUAUGGCGUUAUGUAACCGAUUGGCUUAAUUGUUUUCGAUCAUUUGAUCGUGAUAAUUCGGGUAAUAUUGAUCCAAACGAAUUGCGACAAGCAUUGACAACAUUUGGCUAUCGUUUUACUGAUAGUUUUCUACAAAUUCUAAUGAAACGUUAUGAUCGUGAAGGUAAAGGUCACGUUACAUUCGAUGAUUUUAUUCAACUUUGUGUUCAAUUACAAAGUUUGACUAAUGCAUUUCGUCAACACGAUACUGAUAUGGAUGGUUGGAUUAAAAUUUCCUAUGAACAAUUUCUUACAAUGGUACUCAAUAUUGCUCUAUAAAUUAGUUCAAUGCAUCAAAGAAAAUAAUUGGCUAUCAUCUCAUCAUUGUCUGAUGAUGAUGAUGAUGAUGAUUUUCCUCUAUAAUUAACCCCCGGUAAUCAUACUUCCAAUCCGUAUUUUUUUUUGUCUGAGAAAAACCUGCCUUCAAUUUGUUUUUUGUUUUUUU